GCUGCGCCUGCGCGCUUCGCACGUGCUUCCAGAACGCCCGCUCCGCCGGUUAGGCAGGGUGGGCGUCAUGCUGCGAAUUUCUGCCUUGCGGCUCCUAGGACGCGCGCUGGCCAGUAGGCUCUCGCUCCUGGACUGCUUCAGCUCGCGCCUCUACAGUUCGGAACCUCUCGGUGCCCGCGAGGAUGCCCACGGUGCGCGCGCCUACUUCACGACACCCAUUUUCUAUGUGAACGCGGCUCCACACAUUGGACACCUGUACUCGGCGCUACUGGCAGACGCUCUGUGCCGCUACCGUCGCCUCCGAGUCCCCACCGCCGUCGCCACGCGAUUCUCCACCGGUACAGACGAGCAUGGCCUGAAGAUUCAGCAGGCAGCCACCGCUGCGGGCCUGGCCCCGACUGAGCUGUGCGACCGAGUCUCGGCUCAGUUCCAGCAGCUUUUCCGGGACGCUAGUAUCUCCUCCACUGACUUCAUCCGCACCACCGAGGCCCGGCACCGGAGGGCAGUGCAGCACUUCUGGGGAGUGCUGGAGGCUCGGGGUCUGCUCUACAAGGGGCUCUAUGAAGGUUGGUACUGUGCUAACGACGAGUGCUUCCUGCCUGAGACGAAGGUCAGCCGGCAGCCAGGCCCAUCAGGGGACUCGGGUCCUGUAUCUCUCGAAAGUGGUCAUCCCGUCUCCUGGACCAAGGAAGAAAAUUACAUUUUCAAGCUUUCCCAUUUCCGGGAGCCGCUCCAGCGGUGGCUGCGGGACAACCCUCAGGUGAUUACCCCUGAGCCAUUCCAUCAUACAGUCCUUCAGUGGCUGGAGGAGGAGCUGCCAGAUCUGUCAGUCUCUCGCAGGAGUAGCCACUUGCACUGGGGCAUUCCUGUGCCCGGGGACGAUUCACAGACCAUCUAUGUGUGGCUGGAUGCCUUGGUCAACUACCUUACUGUAAUUGGCUACCCAGAUGCUGAGUUCAAGUCAUGGUGGCCAACCACCUCUCAUAUCAUAGGCAAGGACAUUCUCAAAUUCCAUGCUAUCUAUUGGCCUGCCCUCCUCUUAGGGGCUGGCAUGAACCCACCACACCGCAUCUAUGUCCACUCCCACUGGACAGUCUGUGGCCAAAAGAUGUCUAAGAGCUUGGGCAACGUGGUGGAUCCCAGAACUUGCCUUGACCGCUAUACUGUGGAUGGCUUCCGCUACUUUCUCCUUCGUCAGGGUGUCCCCAACUGGGACUGUGAUUACUAUGAUGAAAAGGUGGUUAAGUUGCUAGACUCUGAGCUGGCAGAUGCUUUGGGUGGUCUCUUGAACCGAUGCACUGCCAGUAAAAUAAAUCCUUCAGGGACCUAUCCGGCCUUCUGUACUACCUGCUUUCCCAGUGAGCCAGGGUUGGCAGGGCCAUCAGUUCGUGCUCAGGCAGAGGACUAUGCUCUGGUGAAUGCAGUGGCCACUUUGCCCAAGCAGGUAGCAGACCACUAUGCUAACUUUCAGAUCUAUAAGGCUCUGGAGGCAGUGUCCAGCUGUGUCCGGCAAACUAAUGGCUUUGUGCAAAGGCAUGCACCAUGGAAGUUGAACUGGGAGAGCCCAGUGGAUGCUCCCUGGCUGGGUACUGUGCUUCAUGUGGCCUUGGAAUGUUUGCGAGUCUUUGGAACUUUGCUCCAGCCUGUCACCCCAAGCCUAGCUGACAAGCUGCUGUCCAGGUUGGGAGUCUCUGCUGCAGAGAGAGGCCUGGGAGAACUUUAUUUCCUGCCUCGAUUCUAUGGUCAUCCUUGCCCUUUUGAAGGGAGGAGGCUGGGACCUGAAACUGGGCUCUUGUUUCCACGACUGGACCAGUCCAGGGCGUGGUUGGUGAAGGCCCAUAGGACCUAAAAACUCAGUUCUUAGUGGUUUAUGGCAUGUGGUAAAAAAGCAAAUUUGUUAUUAUAUUUUGCAUUUUUAGGAAAAUUAUAUUAAUGUUUCUAAAGUGUUGCAUCAAAUGAGCACAUAAGCAAUGGCCCUUUGAAAAGAGGUUUACAACCUUUUCAGGUGCCUACGCCUACCUCUUCAGUUCUCUGUGCCCAUUAACCACUGUCCAUUGCACACCUGUGUCCCUAAGACGUCUCUGGGGGAAUGAUGGGUAACAGGCAACUUUGCUAACACUGUUCCUUCUUGUUGUGCCUCCUUCCCAACCACAGUUAGGUUAUUUGCCCAGACUACCUCUGAUGGCUUGUUUUCCAUUGGCCCGUCAUCUGCUGGGCAAAUUAGAAUGGGGGAUUGGAGGCCCCUGACCUCAACUUUUAGCUCUACUUUGUUAUAUAAGUUGAUUCUCCUGUUAAAAAGAGAUUCUCAUAUUAAAUCUUUAAAAAUCAGUGUCCUAGACUAGAUUUUUGACCCUGUUUUUAUUUUCAGUUCUUACAACCAUGAUUUUCUAUACUUAGUUAAUACUAAGUCCAGGUUGUGCUUUGUAAUAUUACACUUCAACCAGUAGAUGGCUCUAGUCUCACAUACUAACACUGAGGUUUUAGAAUCUUUAGAAUGCAUUUGUUUUCUGCUUUCGAAUUUUGCAGAAUUUAAAGAAAAAUUUUAUUCCUUUUCUUAAAAUGAGGGAUAACUGCAACCACUGCUGUUUUACAUAAAUCAAUGAAAAAAGACCAGGGUCUUUAAGUUCAUUUCAGACUACUGAAACAGGGCAUUUAAUUUAAUGUUUAAAAAGCUAAUAAGUAAAUGUAUCAAGUUUGUUUGAACUAUCUAUGAUAAAUUAUGAAGCUCUUGGUAUGUUAAAAAUUUUAAACUUUAGUAACAGAUUUAGAGGUAUGAUUAAAACCUAAAUUGUUCAAAAGGGCAGUAUUUCCUUUAUAGUUCUUAAUUUUGUUAUUCACGUACAUAAUUUACUUCACAUUAUUUCUUUUGGUCAAUCAGGAUCUAUAAUACAAUAUAAAAAUCAUAGAAUAGUUAUAAAUGUUAGUACCUUUACUUUAAAUUUUAAGUAAGUUUUACUGAUUAUUUCUUUUGCUCUUUUAACCUAAAUUAUGAAAGUUUAAAAUUUGUAAGUACCUUAUUCAGAUAUGUACUGUUGCAUCUGUUGAAGGUAAAUGUGAAGGGCCGAAAUGACUGAUGUUCCAGGAAAUCUCAAACUGGAUUUAGGGAUCUCUUCAAGGCUCCGUAGGGGAACACCACAGAGAAGAUGUUAAGGUAUCAAUUUAUACAAUGAUUACAACACAGUAAGCCAACAUUAUAUCUCAGGUGAUUGAUUGCAUGGCUAGGCUAAAGUUUAAAAUGAGAACUUGCCUUGAAAUGGCUAUUCUGAGCAUGGUAGCACACAGAGAGUCUUUACUAAAUUAUUAUGCUUCUAGUUCCCCCCAAGCUUAUUCUAUGUGCUACUAUUUUGUUCCUGUUUCUGUUGAGAGAUUUCAGUUUGCUUGGAACGCUGCUUAAAAAAGAAUGCUUCACGGCAUUCUAAAGGUGGAAGGACUGUUUCUACAGAUGUUCCUUCAGACACUCCUUAUACUUUAUAAUGGAAUCUUGGGCUUUUGCUGGGAUUUUUAGGGCUGAUUACUGGGCCCAGGAUAGAGUAUAAUAUCUCCUAGGGCUGGAAAGAGUAGCGUAGUGAAAGACAUGGGAUGUAUUUACAUGGAGAAGCAAAGGAUACUUGGGAAACCAGUGUAAUGAUAACUUCUGCCUUUGAAGUGCCCUUUAAGCAGUCUUACAGUUCCUAUCAUGAAUGGAGACACAGUGUCUUCCACUUGACUGAGUUUUACUAUGGCCUAGUGCUGGUCAGUACACAGGGCCUUGGCUUGCUAGGUGUUAAUGGAGUUCCUUUUGUGUUGUCUGUCAUUUGUGCAGGCAUUUAAAUGGCUAACAGAAUAUCUGUGGUACUGGACAGCACAAGCAAAUAGGGUAUUCAAAGAGGAGAGGGCAUAAUUAUUACCAAAGACAAGAUAUUUUGAGUGAAGAGGUAUGGUAAGUUGGAUCUGACCUAUUCUGUGGUGAUACGGAAGAUGAACCAGUUUGAUUCUCUGUAGGAGGUAAAGCAACUAUCCUUUGGGUACUUGAUGUAUUAUUCAGUUUGAUCCAGCACUUUAAGAAUGUCAAGUCGUGGAUAGGUGAAACUUAAAAUUGGAGGGCAUGCCCUUCCAAGAGAGGGUAUCGUAUUGGCUUUUGAGAAAAGAUGAUAAACUUGUAGGCAUCUGAGAACCCCUUCCUUCAGAACUGUUAAUCCCUCAUCUGGGUCCCUUUGGGUCCCUUGACCAGAAAGGAGGUUUCUCCCAAAUAAUGACCCCUGAGGCUUUCAAAUUUUCAUUUUAGGUUAUUCUUGGAGGCAGUGUUGUAGGAGGUUAUGAUAGACCACUGAUCGGGUGUUUAUAGGAUGUCACAUUAUAGUAAUAAGCUGUCAACUCAGUAGAUUACAGUCCUAUCUAUGAAGUCAUGUAAGAAGUUGUGGGCAAUGUAUACGAGGUCUGUCCAGAAAAAGUCCAGCCAUUGUUAAUAUAAUGAGAAUGGUUUGUGCAACACUGAUGUAACCGGGCAGCCAAGGAGAGUGGACUGGAAUACAAAUGCAUGAACAAAGAUAACUUCACUGUAGUAUAGUCAGUGGGGAUGGUAGAUGUCGCUGAGUGAGCAUGUGUACUGUGUAGCUGUUCAAAAUGACUGAGCAAGUGGAGCAAUGAAUCUGCAUCAGAUUUUGCAUUAAGCUUGAACAUUCCUCCACAGAAACUACUGGCUGAUUCAGAAGGCCACAGCUAUGGGCAACUGGUGACUGGCAGCUUUAUCAUGACAGCGUGCCAGCUCAUGCAUUCUGUCUCAUGCAAUUUUUUUUCUGAAACAUCAAAUCACCCAGGUGGCUCACCCCUGCCCUCUGUACAGCCCAGAUUUGGCACCCUGCAACUUCUGGCUUUUCCCAAAACAAAAAUCACCUUUGAAAGGGAACAGAUUCCAUACUGUGGAUGAGAUUCAGGAAAAGACAAUGGGGUACAUAAUGGUGAUUGAGAGAAUUGUGUGAGGUCCCAAGGUGCAUACUUUGAAGACGACUGAGGUGUCAUUGUCCUAUGUGCAGUGUUGCUUGUAUUUUGUAUUUUCUUUAUUAAAUGUCUGUUUUUCAUAUUACAUAGCUGAAUAUCUUCUGGACAGACCUUGUAGGUUAACUGGACCAUACUAUAUUAGAGGCUGUUCCACAAGUGAACUCAUAGAUUAGGCAUCUUGGAAGUCAGAAGACCUGUGGCUGUAUAGAAGUCAAGAACAGGCAGGAACAAGAAAUAGAUACAGCCUCAGAUUUCACGGAAAUCUGUUAUUCUGGAAGUAGCCUUUAUCAUUUCCUUUCCUCUCUCUUUUAAAAAAAUCUUCAACCAGGGACAUGCUUAUUGAUUUCAAAGGGAGAGAAACAUUGAUUGGUUGCCUCUUAUACAUGCCCUGACCUGGGACUGAACAUACAACCUAGGUGUGUACCCUGACUGGGAAUCAAAUCCAUGACCUUUUGGUUUAUGGGACGAUGCUCCAACCAACUGAGCCAUACCAGUCAGAGACUCACCAUUUUUAUUAAGAAGUGUGUGACCGUAGGGCCUGAGAAGAGACUGAUAAAUUGUCUAUUAAGUUGAUACUAAAGUACUCAAGAAGGCCUAGGAUGAAACAUGGACUCUGGUGUAGUUUUUUUUGUUUUGUUUUUGCAGUUGUACCUGUGAUUGGGACAUAGGUCCUUAGAUAUGGGAAGUUCUAAAGCUGAAAUAAAGCCAGUAGCUGAUGAGGUUGUGGAACUCCACCUAGAAGGACUUUAAAGUAACUUGGGCUGCAUGUUGCGGCACCAGGCAUUCCACAGAUUCCCCCUUGGGCAUUACGGUAGGGAUAGUUUCCUGGAACUGUGCCCAACCCCUGGUGAAUAUAGUUGCAGUGUUGGCCUGCAUUAGUAUAACCCUGAGUUAUCGGGGAGGCCAUGCCUCUUGACUAAGAUUUGAUCCAUAAAGCUGCUUAUGAUAACAUAAUUGCCUCCUGGAGACAGCGUCUCCACAGUUAUACCAGAUAUAGAACAACUAGUUGGUGAGGUCUAGGGUGCUGUAAAACUUGGUGGGUCAUUGCCCUUUUUCCAGAGUGAAUAGUAUUAGUGGACCUCAGAGGGUGUGGCUAUAUAGCCAUGCAUCUAUUUUUGCAACAAAGGGUAACUAAUUCAUAGAGCUUGGGGGGUGGGGAGAUAGGGUACAGGUUAGGGGGAUCAGUGCUAGAAAGUUUUUGAGUCCCCUGCAAAACUAAGAUGGCAUAAAAUGUCAUUUCAGCACAACACAGCUAGCCUUGCCCCUUUUACAGAAACUUGGGAUAGGAUUGGUUAACUUUUAUCAAUAGUAACACCAAAUUUGGAGGUUAAUAUUGCUUGAAGGGCCAGAGCAGUAACAACCAAGUUAAUUAAGGUUAAUUAGUAAGGAUUUUAACUUUUAAGAGUGUCUUAUUCUUUUCUGAGACCAAGGAUAGAAGCUCAGCCUAAGGUGCUUUCCUCUUUAUAGCACUAACCCAUUUGGAGGUGAAACUGGCUCUUCCUUCACGUUUAGGUCGUUCUGGAUUACCCAGUACAGAUCCUUUGAAUUAAGGAAACCAUCUAAGGGAAAUCUUUGAUCAUCUUUAAAAUACCUGCUUAAGAUUAUAUCACAUCAAUCAGUUUCUACUUACAUUUUCAUGAUGAGGAGAGGGAAUUGAAAAGAGCUGACCUCCACAAAGAUCUUCCAGUGCCUUAACAAUUAGAAAUGAUGUACUCUCUACUGUGUCUCUGGAGGUUCAGCCAUACUUGAAUCUUCACCAAGGCAAGGCUAUAGUAUAGAAGUUUUAUCCUUGGCUAUGAGUUGAAUUUAACCCCCAUUAGUUUAUUGACACAGUUGAAGUCACCAUGGAUUUUAAAGUCCACGAAACCUCCUCACUUAAGAACAAGAUGUCAGCAUAUUUCAGGAAACAAAGUGUGCCAUCUGCAAGAAUAAAAUUACAGCUCCAAGGAGAGAUGGGUGGGACCUGCCUUCAAGUCAUUAAGAAUUUUGGGAUGAGAUGUCUGCAGAAGGCCUGGAAGAGUCACUGAGUACACUGGAGGGACAGCCCUAGGAAAAACUCUGGAAGUGGAUAAGCCACCUUUCCUAGUGCAUAGUGUGGUGAAAACAUUACUAACCUCCUCAAUACUGUACUAUUUCUAAGACUGUAGUUGACAGUCACUGGUUUGUGGGAUUUAACAUAAAGAUGAACCUUUAAAAACUAAUUUAUGAUUGACUGUUAUAGAGUGGAAUCAUUGUUGUGUUCUCUUAAUCCAACACAUUCAAUUAAAAAAUGACCACUUAUGCAUUUUUCCCAAUUAAAAUAUUUUAAAAGGGUAAUAUCUUUUACUUUGGAACACAGUGAAUAAGAUUGUUUCAAUAUUCUGGUUUAUUUGAACUAGACUAGAAGCACCUAUUGGUUAAGAAGUUGUAAAUAUUAAAGAUAGAAAGUUAACAAGCAUGUUAUAUAUUUUAGGUUAAUCAUUAAAUAAUACAAAUAGAAUGUACUUCUUUCGAGCCAUAUGAAAAUAAAUGUUAAAACUCAAUCCAACAGAAGACAGGAGAAAAGAGCAAAGAAAAAUGAAAAAUUUGGUAAAAGAAAACCCAUGAUAAGAUGGCAGAAAUACAAGUAUAUCAGUAACUUAAUAAAACAUCAUAGGAUCAACCUCUGUCAAAAGACAGCACUGUUCAAGCUUAAAUUUAAAAGGUUGGCCUAGCCCUGGCUGGUGUAGCUCAGUGGAUUGAGCAUGGGCCUGCGAACCAAAAGAUCGUGGUUCAAUUCCCAGUUCAGGGCACAUGCCUGGGUUGCAGGCCGGUUCCCUACAGGCCAGUUCCCAGCUGGGGACACACGAAAGGUAACCAUACAUUGAUGUUUCUCUCCCUCUCUCCUUCCCUUCCCAUCUAAAGAUAAAUAAAAUAUUUAAAAAAAAUUAAAAAAAAAAGGUUGACCUUAUGUAGUUAAAAGGUAUGUACCUAAAUAUAACAAAAUAUGACAUGGAGAAACACUAGACAAAUAUAAACCCAAAAAAAGUUGGUAUAUGAAACAACAUGGAUGGAACUGGAAAGCAUUAUGCCGAGUGAAAUAGGCCAGGCAUUGAAGGACAAAUACCAUAUGAUCUCACCUUUGACAGGAAGCUAAAGAAUAAAACAAACAAGCAAACAGAAUAAAAACAAAGACACUGAAAUAGAGAACAAGUGGGCAGUGACCAGAGGGGAGAGGGAAGGGAAUUUAAGGGGAAAAAAGGGGAGGGA